UCGGCAUCGAGCCAAUUUAAUUUCUUCUACUCUUGCUUAGCUUGUGUAAGGGAACAAAGUUGAUAGUUGAUUGACUUGAUUCAAUUUUUAGGGGUUUAAACCAAAACAACGUAAUCCACCUCCCUAACCGAGCGUUCUUCCGCUCCCAAAACCCCCCACGUCUCAGUCUUCCCCGAUAAUGGCCCGCCGCCGCCAUUAACACCCCACCUCCAUUACCUUCUUCAGAAAUACAUUCUCUCCAAGUUUGGGUUUCAAGGUAUGCUCCCAUUAAUCUAUGUUAAUCCCAUUAAAUUCAUGAUUCUUUACUUAUAAUUUCUGCCAAUUUUCAAGUUUCAAUCGAAAAUUUUGAUCCCCAUUUUCCCAAAAUUAGCAUGAACUAACAAGAUUGUGAAUAACCCUUUUUUGAUUUUGAAUUCAAGAGCUUAUAUUAGCAAUGAUUCAAAGAUUUUGUCUUUCAUUUCGACCCAUUCGUCGAUUUUCUGUAGUUGGUCGUAAUCUUUCUUGUUCACCCUUUAACGCCAUUGAUACGCCAACAAUUAGCAAUUCAAGUAGCUGUGUUAGCAGUAAUCAUGAUAUUAAUAGUGGUAGUAAUUGUAGUGUUAAUGCUGAUUCAAGGAUUAAACCUAAGUUGGAAGAACCAGCUCUUAUUAAGCUUAAGAAAGAGAGAGACCCAGAUAAGCUAUUUAAACUGUUCAAGGAUAAUGCCCACAAUCGUCUUGUUAUUGAAAACAAGUAUGCUUUCGAGGAUACGGUUUCGAGGUUGGCGGGUGCAAGGAGAUAUGAUUACAUUGAGCAUUUGCUUGAGCAUCAGAAGUCCUUGCCUCAGGGUAGGAGGGAGGGUUUUAUUGUUAGGAUUAUAAUGUUGUACGGAAGGGCAGGUAUGGUUAAACAAGCUGUCGAUACGUUCUAUAAUAUGCAUUUGUUUGGUUGUAAAAGGACUGUAAAAUCUGUCAAUGCUGCCCUGAAAGUAUUGAGUCAGACCCGUGAUUUGGGAGCUAUUAAUUUGUUCCUUAUGAAGGUGCCUCAGGAGUUUGGGGUUCAGCUUGAUGUGAUUUCAGUUAAUAUUGUGAUUAAUGCUUUUUGUGGGAUGGGAAUAUUAGAUAAGGCUUAUUUAGUGAUGGUAGAGAUGGAAAAGGCGGGGAUAAAGCCUGAUGUUGUUUCGUAUACGACUCUUAUAUCAUCUUUCUACAAGUAUGGUCGUUGGGAGAUUGGAAAUGGACUGUGGAAUCUCAUGGCUUAUAAGGGAUGUUAUCCUAACAUUGCUACGUUUAAUGCUAGAAUCCAAUUUUUAGUAAGUAGAGGGCGAGCAUGGGAAGCAAAUGACUUGCUGGGCUUGAUGGAAAAUCUAGAGAUGCAACCAGAUGAAGUUACUUAUAAUUUGGUAAUCAAAGGGUUUUGUCGGGCUGGGUUUUUUGAUAUGGCCAAAAGGAUUUUUUCGGCCUUACAUGGUCGGGGUUAUAAAGCUAAUGCUAAAAUUUAUCAGACUAUGGUACAUUACUUAUGCAUGGCAGGGGAUUUUAAUUGUGCAUAUCUCAUGUGCAAAGAAUGCAUGAAGAAAAACUGGACUCCGAAUGUAGACACCAUUUGUACAUUACUUAAGGGUUUAAAGAGUAUUGGAGAAUUAGAUAAGGCUGCAAUGAUAUUUUAUUUGGCUCAAAGAAGACAUCCUCCCUUUCCUGCGAGGCAGUUGGAUGCUUUUAAAGCUAUAUUAGCAAGAAGUUGACAUUUGACGGGUUGAAGUGCUCAUAUCAUAUCAUCUUCCUAAGCUACAUUGGCUGGUUGGUGUUAUUUACUAUCUUUGGUAUUGAGAAUUAGAACGGCAUGAGACAUUGUAUGGGUUAGGCAUCCAAGGGACAAUACAAUUGUGUUCUUUUGUGUCCUAUAGCUUUUGAUGAACUGACCGUAAAUGUUGCCUCCCAAUUGUGAAAAUUGGAGUGGAAAGUUGCAGCACAUAUUAGAGAAGACCAAGUCUGAGAUUGGUUAAAUGAUGCAUGUCAGAGACUGCAAAAACUUGGCUUGGACAAAAUCUUUGAAGAGGACUCAGAGGAGCAUGAGGGAAGUAUAUAGACAGGAGUAACUUCAGAGGGUGUAAAGUGAUUCCAGAAAGCCCUCUGGCAGUCCAAGAAUGAAGUUGAUAAUAAUGGAUACCAUUGUCAAAUUGCUGCCAUUGUUCUGAUUUUGGUAUUAACGGGAAGAAAGCGAGUAUGAAAAUGAAUUUCCAGUUAUGCAGAAGUCAAAGCUGCCUGUGGCAUUAGUCUCUCAUUUUUCUCUCAUUGGAAGUUUUAGCCUUCUUUUUUGGCUUUUUCCGGGCAAUUUUUCCUACAAGCCUCAUAUGGAUAGGGUAUUUGAGCACAACUUUGAGAAGCUUCAAAGUUAUUGAUUCUUUAAUUCAUUUAUAGAUCAAUUAUUCUUAGAAAUUGGUAUACAAUGGGAAAAUACAAUACGCCUCUCUGUAAUUCUUUCCAUUCUAUAGCUGAUUUUUCAAGCAAUGAAAAAGUUGCAUUUGGUCUAA